CUCGGCGGGGCUGCGGCCACCCGGCACGCGGGCUCUGGAGCCUUCACGCGCGGCGUUAGCCCACAGCUCGGCCCCGGUGGACUCCAGGCUCUUCGGAAGAAGCCGAGCAUGCCGGAGAGUCGCUGAGACCUGGAACCGGAGGGCCACGGAACUGUUUACUCUCGCCUGUCUGGGACGAUCAUCUUUAACCCCCCUCCCCGCCCCCAGCACGUCAGCAUCCAGCCUCGGCGGCGCUCUUGCAGUGCAGACGAGUCGGGAUCACCCCCGCGGCGACACGGAUGGAAAGGAGCCCUUCCGAGGACCUGCCCCCGACCUUCUGGCUCGAGUCACCUCCGUGAACCAGGUCUCUGAUGCCAUCAUGCAGCCUGGUUAGGAGCAAAGGACAGGGGGAAAGAGAAACGACUCACCAUCUUCUCCCAAUCGAUCGUCAGGAUCCUAAAGAAUGGCCGAGCCUUGGGGGAACGAGUUGGCGUCCGCAGCUGCCAGGGGAGACCUAGAGCAACUUACUACUUUGUUGCAAAAUAAUGUAAACGUCAACAUACAAAAUGGAUUUGGAAGAACUGCACUGCAGGUUAUGAAGCUUGGAAAUCCUGAGAUUGCCAGGAGACUACUACUUAGAGGUGCUAAUCCCAAUUUGAAAGACCAAACUGGCUUCGCUGUCAUUCAUGAUGCAGCCAGAGCAGGUUUCCUGGACACUGUACAGACUUUGUUGGAGUUUCAAGCUGAUGUUAAUAUCGAGGAUAAUGAAGGAAACCUGCCUUUGCACUUGGCUGCCAAAGAAGGCCACUUUCCAGUGGUGGAGUUCCUUGUGAAGCACACAGCCAGCAAUGUGGGGCAUCGGAACCAUAAAGGGGACACCGCCUUAGACCUAGCCAGGCUCUAUGGAAGGAAUGAGAUCAUUAGCCUCAUGGAGGCAAAUGGGGAAAGGGGCCCCCCAAAUCUGCAAUGAAUGUGAGGAUGGCUUUUCCGCAUUACCUUUACUUUUCAGUUAAUUGGUAUAUUUUCCUGACUAUUUUAAUAUCAUUUAAAAUAUAGCUUUUUUCAUAUUUUAAGCAGCUAGCUAAUCUUUUGAAAGUGCAUAAAUGGAAAUCUUACUGCAGGUUUAUGAAUAUAUUUAAACAACAUCAUUUUCACUGGCAAAAUUUUGAUUUCUAACAUAUAAUUGCAAAUAGCUUUGGCUUUUUGCUCAGUAUUUUAUCUUUCUUUGACAUUUUUCCUUGUUUAUCUCUCUGCCAAUCUCAAUAUCCAACUUGACUUUGAUUUAAAGGUGAUUUGUUCUGA